UUUUUCCCUCACAGGAAGUCGACUCGAAAGUUUAGUGUGUUUGUUGUUGCAUCUGUUGAGUGUCUCGUCGGCUUCUUUCUCAGCCAAAUAUCUGGAAAACAACUUAAAGUCACUAUUGCUGCUGCACGAAGCUAUGCUACUGCUGACAUGACACUUUAACAUAUAAAUAACUCACUACAGGAGCAGACUGAGAGGUGUAUUUAUGUUCUGCAGGUAACAAACAACAGUAAGAUGGCCAUCGCCCACGUGGCUACAGAGUACGUAUUCAGUGAUUUUCUGCUGAAAGAUCCGAACCAGGCUCGAUACCGCAGUGUGCGAACGGAGCUGGCUGUGGACAAGAUGGUGACAUGUGUGGCAGUGGGCCUGCCCCUCCUCCUCAUCUCUCUGGCGUUCGCUCAAGAAGUUUCAGUCGGUACUCAGAUCAGCUGUUUUGCACCUUCUAACUUCUCCUGGAGGCAGGCGGCUUAUGUGGACUCAUACUGCUGGGCGGCCGUACACACACACACGCUACCUUUGUGGCUGCACAAGUUCUUCCCCUACAUUCUGCUGCUGGUGGCGGUGAUGAUGUACACCCCGGCGUUAUUCUGGAGAUUUUCCGCGGCACCGCUCCUGCAGUCCGACCUCAGCUUCAUCAUGGAGGAGCUGGACCGGUGUUACAACCGCGCCGUCACUCUGGCCAAACGCUUGACCGCCUCAGGACUGCUCACUUCAGACAGUGACCCUACAGAGGGCUGUUUCAAUUACCCGCUGGUGGAGAAGUUUCUGAUGACCAAGCGAUGCUCUCGGACGCUGUUGCUCCACUACCUUCUGUGUCGCGGUCUGACUCUCGUCACCCUGCUGUGUGCCUGCGUCUACCUCGGCUACUACCUCCGACUGGCCUCCGUCACCGACGACUUUUCCUGCACGCUGCGCGUCGGCCUGCUCGUCGACGACCCCACCGUCCCGGAAAAGGUGCAGUGUAAGCUCAUCGCCGUGGGAGUCUUCUCUUUGCUGAGCCUUGUCAACUUGGUCCUGUUCAUUGCACUGAUACCUGUGGUGUUCUACGCCAGCCUCCGUCCCCUCUUCUGCCAUGGGUACGCUCGUUUCCUGGAAGCCUACCAAUCACUGCCCACCAUUGGUGUCCUGCCCAGUCCCGCUGGCCAAUGGGACGAUCUCUCUCUGUAUCUGCUGUUCCUGGAGGAGAACAUCAGCGAACUGAAGUCCUACAAAUACAUCAAGGUGUUGGAAUUGUUAAAGAGAAGAGGUAGCUGCACCUCGGAAAACUUUGACGCCAUGGGUCUCCUGCAGACUCUGUGUCUUGUGAAGAUGGACGCUGUGGACGGGACCAAAGCGACUGUCCCUGCAGGGAGACCAGAUCAAGUAAAAACUAACACCCCUGGCACUGCCAGGAGCACCAAAGCCUCCGACGCUGAAGAAGCUCACAACAGCCACAACCAUCAGAGGUCAACAUCGGAUAACAGCACGGUGGAAACUGAGAUGAGAGAGCUCACUCCCUUACUGCCGGGAAACAACGACGCAACGGGCAGCGAAAACAGAGAGGGUGGGACUCUCCGCCAACGACCAGCUGAUGUGAUCGGAUGAGGGCUCAGCGACGCUCACGUACUCAAAGGGGGUUUCUUCCGUGACAUGAAUUCACCACCAUGGUGCAUCAACAACUCGUGAACUUCUAGUACGAAGCGAGAGGACCAUCAGGGGUGUCAUCUAUGUUUCAUGUGAUGUUCUGGGUGUCAUGAACGCAGGUUUUUUUUAUUGUCUUGUAAAGCUUUAAAUACAAAAAGGUAGAGAGUGAUUUAAGAUGAGACUCUAGACAAUGUCAGCAUUUUGGUACAGAUUGUUGUAACUAUUAAAUAUGCUGACCCGAUCAGGAGUAUACAUUAUUUAUCUACAGUUAAAACACUAUGGUACUAAAAUGCAGAAGAUGUCCCGCCCUAUAAAUGACGGUGUAUAGCAGGCCUGUUUGGCUUUUGUUUAAUAUCUAAGAAAAGAAACUUCAGAGUGUCAGGAUGUAAUCCACACAUGCUCGUUUUAAGACUUCAGUAAUGUGUUUGUGCUUUUGAAUCAGAUCCCAUGUAUUUAAUAUGAAUACAGGGUGAAAAUGUUUUUUUUUCUUGUUACAUCACAUUUCAAUCACAUGCCUGAUAUAUGUUCUGUCACUAUUUACAGUAAAAACAGAUCAGUGAGUAUGCAGUAGAUUUUUGUGCAGUAUGAAAGGCUGUUUGCUGCCUAAAGCAGGAGGAUAUGUAGGGUACGUUUCUCCUUUUUUUGCACCCAUGGACUGUAUAGAAGAAGUGGAUACACAGCAGCUGAUGGGUUUAAAAAGUGUAAAAUUAGAAAUGCCUUAAACCUGCAUUUCUUUCUUAUGGCCAGCAGGAAGCAACUCCACUGGUUGCAAAAAAUAUAAAAGACUUCAGAGAUUUGAGUCUGAUUGAUGAGAAAAAGAUCCCGCUCUCACUUGAUUAAUUUGAAGUAUGAAAGAGCUGGAAACAUAGAAUAUUUGGAUAAUGAGUUUAUGGUUUCACUGUUGUUCAAAAUCUCAUUUAAUACAGCACAAUGUGUAUUUGUGAAUGAUGGUUCCAUUGGGAGCAGAAUAGCUUAUAGAGCAGGGUAUGCUUUUACCACGGCGACCUGUCAAUCAGGGCAGAGCUGGACAAUUCAAAUCAUCCCUGUCAUCCAAAUAAGGUCAAUUAUUAUAAAAAAGAGAGGAAGGUAAAGGUCAAAAAGAAAGACGUCAGGCUUCAAAACAGAAUCUACAUACCAAAGAGUGACAUGUCAGUGGUAUUGUUCACUUCUAAUAUACAGUUAUGGUCCCGCCCCUUAACUCUAAAAGGGUCUUAAACUGACACAAUAUGACUAUUUAACCUUUCACAGUUGAUUUAUCAAAUUUAAAAGUCAUGUCCUGCUUGAAAGCAGAGGGGAUGUAUUUAUUUGCACUCGUCAUGGUGGGAGAAUGUGUGUUGUUUUUUAGAUUGUCUGUAACAUUUCAAUUUUGUAAAGGGGAAUACCAAGCAAUGAGGAACGUGUUCUUUGUUCUUCUUUUAAACUGAUGUUUUUUAUACAAAGUGAACGAAGCGAUGAGUCAUGGCAGCUAAAAGAACAACCUGUGGUCAGCGCUGUCAUAACACGGGCGCAGGUUUUCGGCCCCGCUCAACUGGAGGGUUCUCAGUUUUUGUAAUCUGUGGUGAGAUUUUCUAGAUUACAUGAUUCUCUGAAUUGUUUGGGAUUGCCCUGAAACUCUUGAUGUGUUUUAUUUCUGUGGACUGGGAUCGUUCUGUGCUGUGUGAACGUGUUUACUGUUGUUUACAUAUCAAGCUGCAGCCAACUGUUUGGCAAAUGUUGAAAUCUUUCAAUUGAUCAGUUUUUGAUUGACAGUCAGGACAAUUGAAAUUGAUGAAAAUGGUGCAAAAUGUUUGUUGCUUAGUGUUCAAAAAAUUGAUUAGUUCUCAAAUGUGUCAAUUGUUUAUAAUCAAAGGACAAAUGGCAGUUUAAACCUCAGGUAAUAUCCAGUUUGCUGUCUUGUUUUUCUAAAGAUUAUAUCCACUUUUUUAUGAGAUUUUUGGAUGUCUAGACCUGGAAUUAUGUUUUUUGAGGAAGUCUCAGGGUUAAAAACAUCAAUCACGGGUCAUCAUCAGACUUCUUGUGUAUUGUUUCUGCAUGCUGCACUGAGGUGAGCGUUUGAACAAACUCGUGAACCUUCUGUGGUCAGAUUGUUUUAUUACAGAUUGGUGUGUAAAUGUUUUAUCAUGUGAGGGCUAAAUG